UAACAAUUUUGCCUUUUCGGUCAGUCUGUCUUGAAUCCAAAACUCUCGGAUGUGGACAUAGAACCACACAACAAAAGAUGGUGGCAGCAACCAGAUCCACUGCCUAGAAAAUCACGGCAAUAGUGAAGAUCAAGAAACAAAACUGAAAUUGUUUAAAGAGAGAAGACCUCAAAAAAUCACUUUUCUAAAAAAAUCAUCGCUACAGCUUUUAGACCGGCUAGCAGCCAGAAGGGCCAUAGAACUAAACGGCUGCUGUGAAGAAAAAAUCUCUGAACAGAAAUCUCCUGCAGAGAAACAAGUGAGGACAACUGCACCAUGGCCUAGCUAUUAACAGCUUCACAGUAACCCUUGUUCAAAUGAGGCGGAAAAAACAGUCACAGAAGAGUGAGCGAGCAGCUCUGAAAUGGAAAGAUGCUCGUCAUCAGCAGAAAGGGCGCUCCUUGGAGUCAUUCACUGAAGAUGUUCAUGAGGCUCUACAAGCUGUUGAUAAUGGGAUUUCUGAGGAUGGGUCGUGUUCCACAUUCCAGUUCCCGUGUCCACUGGCCAUGUGGGAACUAGGACACUGUGACACAAAACGGUGUACAGGCAGGAAGCUUGCUCGCAAAGGGUUUGUCCGCAACUUGCGUAUCAGUGAGAGAUUCAGUGGACUAAUUCUGACUCCCAUGGGAACCAGAUACGUCUCCCCUACUGAUAGAGAGAUCGUGACACAGGGUGGUGUGGCUGUCAUCGAUUGCUCCUGGGCUAAACUGGGUGACACCCCAUUCACAAAAAUGAAGGGAAGAUAUCCCAGACUAUUACCUUAUCUCAUUGCUGCUAACCCAGUGAAUUAUGGACGGCCCUGCAAGCUUUCCUGUGUUGAGGCAUUUGCUGCCACUUUCUGUAUUGUAGGGUUUCCGGAGCUGGCAGAGGUUCUGUUAAAGAAAUUCAAAUGGGGGAAAACAUUUCUGCAGCUGAAUCAAGCAUUGCUGGAGAAGUAUCGUGCAUCCAGGAGUGAAGCAGAGGUGCUACAGGUUGAACAGGAGUGGCUGGCUACAGUGAGAGAACCAGAGGAGCAGGAGGAUCCAUUUGAUGUUGAUUCGGGAAAAGAAUUCUGUAAUCCCAAUAGACCCAACCUUGGAAGAGUCGUGGAGACAAAAGAUGAUAUUAGUGAUGAUGAUGAUGAGUCUGAGCGGGAAGAUGAAGAUAGUGAAUCUGAUGAGGAGAGUACAGCAGAAGUUCCUGGUCUAAAAGGAGACCACACAGCAUGCAAAAGGAGGAAUCAACAAUAAAAGCCAUCAGCAGUGCAAAGGUUUGAAGCUGAAUGUAAUGGGGAAGCAAUAGUCUUCCCUGUUUAUGGACCUUCUUUCUAAAAAAAAUGAUACAUAAUAAAAUUAUUUAUAAGUA